CCACAAUCACACACCCAUUCACUCUCACACCUAUGGAGCAUUUAGAGUUGCCAAUCAACCUAUGAAGCAUGUUUUUGGAUGGUGGAAGGAAGCCUGAGAUCCCGGAAAGAACCCACGCAUGCACGGGGAGAACAUGCAAACUCCACACAGAAAGGUCCCCCGUUGAUAUUAUUUUAUAAAUUGUUUUUGAUUAAAAUUUUUUGUUCAGUAAUUAAACUUACACUAUAUUGCGAAAAGGAUUUGCUCACCCAUCCAGAUGAACAGAAUAGGUGUUCUAAUCAUUUUACCAGACUAACAUAACAAAAUGAAAGAGUUUGGAAACAACAGCAACUCAUUCACCAAGUGGUUGGUAAUGUAAACUGAUGGAGAGGGGUCAGCGGAUGCUGAACCUCAUAGUACAAAGAGGUUGCAGACUUCUGCACAGUCAAUUGCUACAGAGCUCCAAACUUCAUGUGACCUUCAGAUUAGUCCAAGUACAGAAUGCAGAGAGCUUCAUGGAAUGGGUUUCCAUGGCUGAGCAGCUGCAUCGAAGCCACACAUCACCAAGUGCAAUGCAACGCGUCAGAUGCAGUGAUGGAAAGCACGCCGCCACUGACUCUAGAUCAGUGGAGAGGACUUCUCUGGAGGGAUGAAUAAUGCUUAACAUCUGGGAAUCUGAUGGACGAGUCUGGGUUUGGAGGUUGCCAGGAGAACGGUACAUUUCAGACUGUAUUGUGCCGAGUAAGAAAUUUGGUGGAGGUGAUAUUAUGGUGUGGGCUUGUUUUUCAGGACUUGGGCUUGGCCCCUUAGUUCCAGUGAAAAGUACUCUGAAUAUUUCAGGAUACCAAAACAUUUUGGACCAUUCCAUACCACACACGACGAUGUCACUCUUGGUGAUGUCACUCUUGGUGAUGUCACACAUGAUGAGGGACAUUACCAAGUGUGACAUCAUCAUCGAGAGGACUUUGCCUGGGCAUGUUCCCACCCAGGCCUUUGAUCUUCAUGGGGGAAAGGGGGAGGGGCUUAGAGUAUGAUGUCACACAUGUUUUUGCCUUAUAGGACCCUCAACUAAUUCUGUUUCAUUGCCCGUUUGGUUCGCACCAGAGAGCAUACGUUCUGUUCCCCAGCUACGAUAACCUUGCAAUCUCGUCAGGUACCUUCGAGCUACUGAGGAACACGCAGUUUUUUCCUACGUUACAAAAACUGCAUCUACUUUCUUUAUCAUCUACGAGAACAUUUUAAAGAUUUUCUUAGUUAUCCUGAAAAUCAAUAUUUAAAAUGUUCCCUCGCCAUUUUGGAGAUUCUGGUGUAGAGGAGAGCUGCCUCACACAGAAUCUUUCCAAACUUCAGAAAAGAGUCCAGGAAAACAUCUCGCUGACCAACCAGCUGCAAACCCUCGCCGCUGAGCUGGAAGGCAAGAAAAAUCUGAGAGAGACCUUCUCUGGACUCUGCCAGGCAAAGAAAUCGGCCGCCACGCUUACAAAGAAGCUGGAAAAGGACUUGCAACGUGUCAACAAGAAAAUCCAGGAGCAAAAACCCCUGGAGGACCGUUGCAAGAACCAACAGGAAAAAGUCAACCUCCUGACAGAGACCAACACCACCCUCAAAGAAACUCUUCAGGAACUCCAGGCCAGAGUUCGGGAUACUAAAGAGUUAUCCACCGAGUUAAUCCAAGUCAAACUCACCGCCAAAGCUCUGAGUCAGGAGAACAGUGAGCUACUGAAAGAGGUUCACAGGGUCCAAACCACCCUUGUGGCCCUUGAACCUCUGGAACUUCAGCUCAAAGACGAGAAGAAUCGCCUCCAAACACUGCAGGACAAAAACACUGCCCUCCAGAACCAGUUCAAAGACCUCCAAAGCCAUCGUGAGGAGGAGGCAGCAACAAAACAACGUUAUGCCUCCAUCCUCAUCCAAACCAAGUCUCUGGAAGAGGAGAACUCUAGCCUUGAUACUGAAAUUAUCCAGCUCACUGUGCAGUGUGAGGAGGCAAAACUUUGGGUUCAGCAGCACCAGGACAUUACCAUCAACCUUAAUGGACUGAGACAAAACAACGCUGAACUCUUGAAAACACUGGAAAGUCUGAAAAAAGAGCAGGAACAACUUAUCCAGUCAGAACAAGAAUACCUUCAAGCCAAGUCAUACAUUCUAACGUUGAAACAAGAAAAUGAACGUUUUACCAAAGAAGUCAAAGACCUUCAGGAGAACCUCAAAAAUCUCCAAGAUUUAAAAGAAACAUUUGCUGCAUUGAAAGCUGAACAACAAACGGUCUCAACCCAAAACAGAGUCCUCACCUCGGAGUUCUCAACUCUAAAAGUAAAGCUACACAAGGAAAGGGCACGCAUCCGCAAAAACCUUGGUGUGUCUCCAGAUGAGUUGGAACAGAAGUACAAAGAAGAAUCGGAUUUGUUCCAGUCUCUGCAGAAAGAAAACGCCAACCUGAAAGAAAAGUUGACAGAGCUGGAGAAAAAGAAUGAGAAAGACUCUGAGAUGAUGCUUCAGUAUUCCUCUCUGCAGGCUGAGAAAAAGGCUGUGGAGAGUGAAUACAAAACAAUAAAGCAGCAGAUCAGAGUUCUUUCUCAGCAAUGUGAGGACUUCAGGCCAAUGAUGGAAAAAUUCAACGAAACCACAGAGUCCAUCAGUAAAGUCCAAGAAAUCAAUAAAUCCCUUUUGGAGGAACGCACAAAUCUGGAAAUCAUGAAAGAACAAUUAGAAGGAUUGGCCACAGAAUAUCCACAAAUGGAGACCAGCAUUGCAGAAUUGAAGAAACAAAAUUUUAACCUCACCAAAGAUUUAGAAAAGAUCAAUUCAGAAAUUCUGGGCCAAAAACACCUGGAGGUCAAAUAUGCAGCUGCAAAACAAGAACAUGAAGCACUUCUGGCUGAAAAUGCAGUUCUAAAAGCCAAAGCCUCAAAGUCUGCACAAGAACCACAGAACGCUGCUUUGAGGCGCCCUCUCCGGACUCCAGCCAUGGCUGCUCCAGGAGAGCUUCCUGCUCCAAACCAACCAAGUCAGCCUGUGUUGGAGGAAACCUCUGAAAUCACACAAAGAACUAGCAGGUUCCAACAAUACAGAGCUGCACUUGAACAGCAUCAGGGUGCCUUACCAAAAAGGGUUCCUGGUUCCCGGCGGGUCUAGGAACUUAAGAAGCUAAACUUAAGCAACCCUGAUAUAAAAAAAAAGUAGAAGAAAUAAAAGUACAAAGAAAAAAUAGUACUAGUAAUAAUAA